AUGGACAUUCCGAAGGCCCCUUGUGCGGACAUUAAAGAUGAGGAACGACGAGUCGGUGAGGUAGUUAAUAUAACUGCAACCUGCAGUCCUGAGGAGGAGAAAGCAGUGCUGCGGAAAAUUGACAUGGUCAUUUUACCUUUUCUCUGCUUCGUUUUUUUCCUACAGUACCUGGACAAGCAGAGUCUCAGCUAUGCCGGGGUAUUCGGCCUCAUGGAGGACCUGAACCUGACGAACGCGCAAUAUUCCUGGUGCAGUUCGAUCUUCUAUGUGGGACAGCUGGUUUCCGAAUAUCCCUUCAUUUACCUUAUGAGCCGACUACCUCUGACAAAAUUUGUUGGAGUCACGGUGAUUGUUUGGGGUGGGAUGUGUAUGUGUCUUGCCGCACCGAAGACCUACAGCGGAUUUGCCGCCGUUAGAUUUCUUCUCGGCUUCAGUGAAGGCGCAGUCUCGCCAGCCUUUGUCACCAUUACAUCGAUCUGGUACCGUCAAAAGGAGCAUACGACCCGCACUGCUCUCUGGAUCUCCAUGAAUGGCAUGGCCCAGGUUAUCGGCUGCCUGUUAAUGUACGGCAUCGGCAAAAACGCAGCCCUAGCCAUUGCACCCUGGCGCGUUCUGUUCUUGAUAUGCGGAGCCAUGACCAUGGCUGCAGGAGUCUGCUUUUUACUGCUCAUGCCGAGCGGACCCAACGACGCGUGGUUUCUCAACGCCCGUGAAAAAGAAGUUCUUCGGCAACGCAUGGCGCAUGACCAUGAAGGUGGCGAUAAAACGUCGUUUUCCAUCCUACAACUCAAAGAGACACUCAUAGACCCGAAAGCGUGGUUGGUCUUCUGGUUCGGAGUGCUGGUAACGAUGCAGUCUCCCGUAUUGACCUUUGCGUCCCUUGUCAUCGAAUCGCUUGGCUACAGCAAGUUGGACACAAUGCUGUACACAGCGCCCUCGGGUGCCGUCCAAAUGGCCUUAUUAUGGAUCGGCGUCGCGCUGGCCUCUAUCCUCCCUCGCCAGCGGACACUCGUUGCGCUGAUGCUCAUCAUCCCACCCCUUGUCGGCACGGUCUUUCUGCUGAAGCUCGACUUGAGUGCGGAAUGGGGCAUGAUCGCCAUGUCUUGGUUGUCCUCUUGUAUAACGGCUUCCAUGUCUAUUCUUCUCUCCCUUUCUGCUUCCAAUGUGAAGGGCAACACAAAACGUGCCAUCGUCAAUACCAUGUUCUUCAUUGGCUAUUGCGCGGGAUGCAUUGGAUCUCCGCAGUUGUGGACCAAUCGACCUCGCUAUACCGAGGGUGUCAUCACAUCUAUCGUUACGUGGUGUCUGCUGUUCGUCGCGGUGAUUAUCUACCGCUUGCUGUGUAUGCAGGAUAACAAGAAACGAGAGGCAAAUGCGUGUACCGACAUUGACCCGAGCGGAGGAGAUAGGCUGGAGAAUGGGCUACAAGCAGCCGAUGUGACGGAUAAGACCGAUCUGUCUUUCCGAUAUGCCUUAUAG